AUGGGAUGCACUAUCUACGCAGCCAGCCAUAAGGGCCAGGGCCUGCCCGCCGAGGAGGCCCCCGACUCCUGCUACCUGCCCCACUACGGACACCUCCAUGGGAACUGCAGCCAGAGGAUAGCAGCCCACAGAGCCAGGGCGAGGAGUAUGACAGAGGAGCAGAGCACUGAAGACCCCGGCCUGGUGCCCACUCAGGAGCUCCAGGAGCCCACCAAAGAGGAGGACUCACAUCACGGCCAUUUCAGGUUUCACCUGAUUGAAGACCUGUCAUAUGAGGAUGUGAAGAAAUGUUACCGGGGAUCGUGUGUGUCUUGCAGCAGCCUCCUCCAGGCCUUGGACGUGCGUGAGUGUGUGUGCAUGUACGGGGCCAACGUGCUGAGCCUGGUGCACAGCUCUCUGGUGUCUGCAGCCACGGGGGCCGGAGCCAGCGGGGGGGCCAAGGAGCUGCUCAUGACUCUGCCCUGUCCCUCUGCGCAGACUGUCAGCAAGUACAACUCCCAGUACCACAAACUGUUCCCCUGCGUGCCCCAGGACGAGAUCCUCAUGAAAGUGUACUCGUGUGCUCUGCUCAGAGACAUCCUCCUACAGGGACGCCUCUACAUCUCCAGACACUGGCUGUGCUUCUAUGCCAACCUCUUCGGCAAAGACAUCAAGGUGGCCAUCCCUGUGGUGUCUGUGAGGCUGGUGAAGAAGCACAAGACCGCAGGCCUGGUGCCCAAUGGACUGGCCAUCACCACGGACAGCGGGCAGAAGUGCGUGUUUGUGUCGCUGCUCUCCAGAGACAGUGUGUACGACGUUCUGAGGAGGAUCUGCACCCACCUGCAGGUGAAUGGGAAGAGUCUGAGCCUGAAGCAGCUGAUGGAGGAGCCCACCCUGUCUCUGGAUGAGUUCCCGGCUGCAGAUGAGUUCUCUGCGGUGCAACAGUUCCCGGUGCUGAAGUGGAGGAGGAAGCCUUCCGCUGUGUCCGUGUCCUCGUCCCUCCCUGACCUGCUGGGGACCUCAGCAGGCGGCCUGUCCUCUCCAGAUGUACCCUUCAAACCAGAACCUCCGCUGGAAGAGCGCCCCCUGCAGGCAGACAGAGGCCUCUUAUCGGAGCCUGGACUGGAGUUGGGGCAGAUGGAGUACCAGCUGCUCAAGGUCUUUACCCUGCUGAUCGUCCUCCUCAUCCUGUCGUCCUGUUACCUGGCCUUCAGAGUGUGCAGUCUGGAGCAGCAGCUGUCCUUCCUGACACAGCCCACUCUGCCUCUACAGGACAGGUAA